CAGGUGCUCGGGUCGUGUCCGGGUUCAACUGCACAUUGGGAGCCGCUCCUGCUCGGAACGGUUUGUCUUUGAACGCACCUCCCAGCAUGAACAGGUUCUGGCCGGUUUUCUCUGGCAAUCGGUAGUGCUGAUCGACAGUUCGCCUCAUCCAUAUCUUUCUUUCAAGUAUCUUUUGACUCGGUGGAUUAUUUUUAAGGACUCUUCGCUUAGGCCGGACAGCCGCCUGUGAGUGUAGUUUGAACCGUCUCUCCCCAGCGGCCGUAGGUACCACUGUGCACUCCAGCCGGCUCUGGAGCGCUGAUUACUGGGGCUGAUGCUGGGCCUGGGGAGCGGGCGGCGCAGCGCGCGUUCUCCGCCGCUGUUCUUUCUGCUGCUGGCGCUGGGCGCGUGCUUGGCCUUCCUCGCGCUCAGUUACUGGGUAUCGAGCUCGCGCAGCGUCGAGCUGCAGGCACGAGUCGCCGAGCUGGACGCCAAGGUCCGGCGCGCGGCCGCCGACCUCAGCGCGUCGGAGCUGCAGAAGCAUCAACUCCAGCUGCAAUUGCAGAGCCAACUCGAGGGCCACAAGGACGAAGUGGGUCAUCUCGGACUACUGCACCGCCAGCAGAUCCAGUCCGAGGCCAGGAUUUGCAACCAAGAGAAGGAGGCUCUGAAUAAGAACAUCACCAGUAGCACAAGGAUUAUACAAACACUGCAAGAGCAAUUUCAAGAAUUGCAAAAAGGGUAUAGCCAUUUAAAUCAAAAGCUGCAGGAGCUGCAGAAAAAAUUAACCUAUGACAUUACUCAGUGCAGUAACCAAAUAAAUGAUCAGAAAGAGCUGUAUGAAGAGCAGAUUAAAGAACUAAACAAGAGGCUUGCGGAAGCCACCAAGUUCCAGCCUGAAAACAAAAAUACUGAAGCAACUGAUCAGAACAAGUUAAUGACUAAGCGCAAACCAGCAGAAAAAGAAGGUACUACUGAGGCAUCAGAUAAAGAGCAAACUGACCACACAGAUCAGUUAGGAGUUGAGAAAACAAAUGAAGAAUUCAAACAUGAAGAUAAGAAGAUAAAAGAAUUCAAACAUGAUACAAUGCCUGCAAAUCUUGCACAUGAACUUGAAAAUAACAGGCUACUAGAUACAGACAUCCUUGACGAUGAGAAUGGAACCAGGGUUGACUAUGAAAAUGUGGAACCCAAGAGAACUCCAGAGAAUGAGAACCAAAAUCAAAAAGAACUGCUGGAUGCGAUGAAAGGGGAAAAAACAGCAGAUUACAAUGGAGAUGAGGGAAAUGUUGCAGAAUCUGAGGAUGAAAAAGAAGCAGAACUUGCAAAUGACUUGAAAAGUGUCUAGUUAUUAGUUAAGCAUUUUUUAAAAUGAGCAGAAUGUGAAAUAAUCUCCCUUUCCUUCACAUGUAAUGUUUACAUGCAGUAAGUCCUUUUUAAAGUUGUCAUUGUGUUCCUGAACAAUGCCACUUUCAAUGAAACAACUUUAAGCCAAUCAAAUUGUCCCAUUGAAACCAAUGCAACAGCUGUAGUUAGGUUCUGUAUGACCUUAACAAAAACAGAAUUA